AUGGUGUUAUUGUGGGGUGGGGACGUUUCGCCGAAACGACUUCCCAGUGGUCUGCGAGAUAUAUCGCUGAAGAAUCCGACGAUUCGAUUUGAUGUGUUCUCAGAAGACGGGAUUUUGAAGGCGUGUAUACCGGACGAUGAAAUAAUAGUGGUGAAUAUUGAGAAUAAUUCGCGAGGAAGUAAUAAUAAUGGGUAUAUUGGUGAUAAUUUAUGCAAUAGUAAUAAUUGUUACGAUGAAAUGGCUGCGAGGAGCAUUCUAUCGGGUCAUCUGCAAGCAGUAAACGCGUGUCUUUAUCGACGGUCACAUCAGCAGGUGAGUGGGCGAUUUGGCGAAUUGUUUUCACCCGAUCUGGUUGUCUGA